AUGCCAGAGGGCGGCAACCACGAGGGGGCGGUGAACUCCGUCCUCGCCAAGGUUGACACCGAGGCGGGCCGCGAGGUGGUGCGCGCGAUACCCCCCGAGCACGUGAGGUCCGCCAAGGCACUCGUGGACGAGGCGCUGGAUAUCGUCGGGCCCAACGCGGUGCAAUUUCCCGGCCGCGAGCGCCUGAACCGCGGGCUCCAACACCGCGGACUGCACCACCCCGGCCAGUCGGACCCUUGGAAACGCACGAUGUCCGCUUUCAAGAAGGCUGGCGUCGUCGUGACCACCCCGAGCUCGGGCACCUACGUUAUCGAGGCUAUCGGAAACGUCGGACUGCUCGCGGACCUCCUCAACGAGUACCUCGAGGAUCUCCCCGACGACGCGGGUGCCGAGGGCGCGGACCCAAACGUGCGAACGAUCGGCCGAUCAUCGAAACGGAGGACCGGCGCGAUGGCGUCGAGGAAGAAGUCCCAGCCCGCCUCGAAGGCGAGCAAGGGCGCGCCCCCGCCGACGAACAUCAAACACGAGCCCACCGACGACGACGACGACGACGAAAACGAAAACGACGACGCUUCUCGCGAGGAGACGGAGGACGACGCCGUGGCCGAGGCGGCCGGCGUCAUCGGUGACCUCACGACGGAGCUCACGCGACGCGACGACGACGACGAGGGCGCCGACGACGCCGAAGCCGACGACGCCAAAAAAGCUGCGGGAAAACGCGACCUGCGCGGCGAGGUGGCUCGACGUAAGAGGGCGCUCGCCGCCUCAUCCGGCGACGCCAAGCCGCCGCCCUUGGGAAAGUCCAAGCUGGCACGCGGCGGCGGCGCGUCCGCGCACCCGCAGCGGGAGCCCAAGCGCCGCGGUAGGCCCGCCGUUCCCCAGCGAGGCGCCGCCGGCGCCGGUCGAGGUGCAGGUGCCGAGCCGCCCGUCGCGGCGAUGCGUUGGCGCGCGGAGGUGGACGCCGCGGUCGCCGCCGCUCGUGCCGGCGCCGCCGCCGGCGCGGGGUACGGCGCCCUCGACGGCGCCCUCGACGGCACCCUCGACGGCACCCUCGACGGCGUUUCGCUCGCCUCGCUCGCCGCCGACCUCGCGGCGUUUCGAGCGGACGUCGCCGCGAGGAUGACGGCGACGUGCGCCAGCGUGGAGCGCCUCGCGUACGAGCUCCGGCUCCAGCGCGCGGCGGCGGAGGGCGCCGGUCGGCGAGGCGGGGGUGCCGUCGGGGUUGCCGUCGAGGGUGCCGUCGAGGGUGCCGUCGAGACGCCGGACCGACUCGGCGAGAACGUCGACGCGCGGGUGGACGAGUCGCUGCUGUCCGCGCUUCGCGCCGAACGAAUCUCGGAGCGCGCGGCGUACGAACGGGACCUCGCGGAGGUCACCAGGUUGGCCGUCGAAGGGUCCAGGCGCGCUCACGUCGAGGCUCCGUUCGCGUUCACGUUCGGGUACCCCGCGCCGCGGCCGCCUUCGUCUCCUCCUCCUCCUCCUCCUCCUCCUCCUCCUCCUCCUCUGGCACAGGCGCCGCAUCCUCCUCCUCCUCCGGCACAGGCGCCGCAUCCUCCUCCUCCUCCGGCACAGGCGCCUCCUCCUCCUGCGCCUCAUCCUCCUCCUCCUGCGCCUCCUCCCGCGGGUAUACUCGCGACGAACUGGAGGGACACGGACGACGCGGCCAAGGCUGCCGCGUUUGCCGCGAGAGCCGCGGCCAUCGCGGCGGAUCCCCCGUCGGCGGAGGAGAAUCGGUGGACGGCGGCGCUCGGGACCCUCGCGGACUGA